AUGAUGAUGAUGCGUACAGUGUUGUGUGUUGUGCUUCUUGCACUGUAUUGUACUUGCAGUUUCGUGUGUGCUAAUACUGAGACUCACGUUGAAGUUAGUGAACCUGAAGGUGGUGGUCCUGCUGCUACUGAAGCAGCUACUCUUGGAGGUACUGGCCAGGGUGGGGGAAGUGAUGGAAAAGGCGGCAGUGUUGGUGCGAAACCGGGAGCUGGUGUUGGAGGGAGUGGCCACGCUGGUACUUCUAAAGGUGACGAAGGUGCGGAAAAUAUAGAUAAACUAGGUCAAGGUGAUGCCCAGGACCCUUUACAAAACCAGCUACCAGGUGAAAGUGCCCCGUCUUCUCUUCAACUUGGUACUUCAUCACAACCAGUAGCAGGAGAUAGAAAGGAUGGAGCCCCUUCUCCAUCAGCAAAUCAGAACGAUCAAAUUCAAGCUGGAGGUAAAGCGGCUUCGCAGGAAAAUGAACAAGUAGUUGCGAGAACGGAAUCAGGAAAUAAUGGUGGAUCCAAUUCUGGCAGUGAACAGAAUACUGUUGGCUCUCUCACUGCAGAAGAACCCAAUGCUAAUAGUGAAGAACAGAAGUCUGAAAAUGCACCAACUUCCCCCAACGAGAAUGUUACGCAAGGUACUAACGAUGCAGGCAACAGUAGUGCUGUACAGAUUCAAGGAAGCACAGUCAAAGAAUCUGAACCUGAGAAUGGCACUACACCCAAUACUAAUGAGGAAUCAUCCUCAACCACCACCACCACAACAACAACAACACUUCCUCCUGAGACUGCAAACAACAAGAAGGGUGAUGCAGACAGCAGCAGCAGUAUCAGCAGUUCUGUGUGGAUGCGUGUGCCACUACUGAUUGUGGUUACACUGGCCUCUAUUCUUGUGUGCUGA